CACAUAUCGCGAGGGCCGCUACACACGCACUCGCAGCGGGACUCUGUUGUCGAGCGCGCGCCGGUCUUUUCUCUCGCGCUUGUUUACAAAAGCCCGACGCCGCGGUACAAUAGCGCCGCGUCAGGCCGGAUCCGAGCCCGAGUGUAUCUACUUGCAUUGUCGAGGCCCGAUCGAUCCCGUAUCCCGCGGCAUCGCGCAGCUACCGCCAAAAGAGAGAGACAGAGAUGGCUGCCACGAUAGGGCCGACGACGACGAACUUUAACGCUGACAUGGCCUACAUUGUCUUCGUCGCUAUCACGUGAACGCGUUCCCGACGAAAGAAAAAGAGAGAGAGAGAGAGAGAGAGAGAGAGAGAGAGAGAGAGAGAGAGAGAGAGAGCGAUGCUGCUGGUGCCGGCCUCGAUGAUGCAGGCGCAGUCCAAGAUGCUGCACCAGAUAAACAAGUACUACGGCGAGAAGGUCCAGCUGCGCAUGAUCCAGAUCCAGAGGACCAUACGCGAGGUCUGCAAGGUCGUGCAAGACGUGCUCCGAGAGGUCGAGGUGCAGGAGCCGCGCUUCAUCUCCUCCCUCACCGAGUGCAACGGACGCUUCGAGGGCCUCGAAGUCAUAUCACCCGGCGAGUUCGAGGUCGUCCUCUAUCUCAACCAGAUGGGCGUCUUCAACUUCGUGGACGACGGCACCCUGCCCGGCUGCGCCGUCCUCAAGCUCAGCGACGGCCGCAAGCGCUCCAUGUCUCUCUGGGUCGAGUUCAUCACUGCAUCGGGCUACCUGUCCGCGCGCAAGAUCCGCUCGCGCUUCCAGACCCUGGUGGCCCAGGCCUGCGACAAGUGCGCCUACCGGGACUCGGUCAAGAUGAUCGCCGACACGUCGGAGGUGAAGCUGCGCAUCCGCGAGCGCUACGUCGUGCAGAUCACACCGGCGUUCAAGUGCUCCGGAGUCUGGCCAAGGUCGGCCGCGCACUGGCCGAUAGCCCAGAUCCCCUGGCCUCAUCCGAACCUCGUGACCGAGGUCAAGACCGAGGGCUUUGACCUGCUGUCCAAGGAGAGCGUGGUCAUGCAGGGCAAGCAGUCGGCCAUGGAGGGCGACGCCUGGGUGCUGUCGUUCAACGAGGCCGAGUCGAGACUGCUGCAGGGCGGCUGCAGGAAGCGCUGCUUGAGCAUCCUGAAGACGCUGAGGGACAGGCAUCUUGACCUGCCGGGCAACCCGGUCACCAGCUACCACAUGAAGACGCUGCUGCUCUACGAGUGCGAGAAGCACCCGAUGGAGACCGAGUGGGACGAGUCGUGCUUGGGCGACCGUAUCAACGGGAUAUUUCUUCAGCUGAUAUCGUGCCUGCAGUGCCGGAGGUGCCCGCACUACUUCCUGCCGAACCUCGACCUGUUCAAAGGUAAAUCGCAGAGCGGACUGGAGAACGCGGCCAAGCAGGUCUGGAGGCUGACGAGGGAACUGUUGAUGAACAGUCGAGCGCUCGAGAAGCUUUAGCCUCGUUUUAUUUUGGUUGUUAUUUUUAAAAGUGCGAGACAUUGUUUUCGGGGAGCGCUGCGACGCAGAGUGUACCAAAAAAUAUGUGUCUAUAAUCAGUAUAAUUGUUUUUGUGGAUUCAUUAUUGCGGUUUAAGACCUUUGCAAAGAGUGGAUAUAAUUUGUGAUAUGCGCUAUUACGAGUAACGUAGUGAGAAAUUUCAUCAAAAUUAAUUAUUCCAAUUUUUACUUUUGUACGAUACGGCUGAAAUGUAUAUGGAAUAUUACUACAAUAUCAUUUUAUAUGAUAUUCACCUAUACAUGCGAUCUUACGUAGUGUACUGUAUUCACUUAUAAUAAUGGCAUUAAACAUAUACGUAUACGUAUACUUGAUUGGUGCUAUAUGUUUUUUCAAGUUCAUACUAUUGUUAAAAGCGUCUAUUGUUGAUUAUUUUGAAAUAUAUAACUCUAAACUAUAACGUUUUCCGCGUUGAAAGAUGAUGCUUUAAUUAGUCUAACCAUAUGACCUGUUGAUUGAUGUAUAUACUUUUAUAGCAUUAUUCAAGCGUACGUAUUUAUUUAUUUUGUACAAUAAUAGUAGACGAUGUACAUAGUUAUAAAUAAAUAAAUUUUAUCAUGCA